GAAAAUGUUAUGACCUUCACAUUUAACGGCAGACAAUACUAGUUGGAAAUGAAGAUCGACAUCCACAAUCACAUUUUACCUGAGUCCUGGCCAGAUCUGAAAGAGCGCUAUGGUUACGGAGGAUGGGUUCAGUUACAUCAUAAAUGUGAUGGAAAAGCUGACAUGAUGAAGGAUGGCAAUUUUUUCCGGACUAUCGAGGACAACUGCUGGUCACCAGAGGCCAGAAUACAGGACAUGGACAACACAGGUGUUACAGUGCAAGCUCUAUCUACUGUCCCAGUGAUGUUUAGUUACUGGGCUAAACCAAAGGACACUUUAGAUCUGUGUGAACUGUUAAACAAUGACAUUGCAAAGACCGUAAAGAAGUAUCCCAAAAGGUUCGUGGGGCUGGGAACACUCCCCAUGCAAGCCCCAGAUCUGGCUGUCCAGGAACUUGUCAGGUGCAAAAAGGAGCUAGGGUUUAAUGGUGUACAAAUCGGUUCGCACGUCAACGACUGGAAUCUAGAUGCUCCAGAGCUUCGACCAAUAUUUGCGGCAGCGGAGCAGCAUGAUGUGUCCGUCUUUGUCCAUCCUUGGGAUAUGGACCUGAGUGGACGAAUGAAAAAAUACUGGUUACCCUGGCUAGUAGGAAUGCCUUCAGAGACAGCCAUGGCCAUCUGUUGCAUGUUAAUGGGCGGAGUCUUAGAGGAGUUUCCUAAACUCAAAGUCUGCUUUGCACAUGGAGGUGGUGCAUUUCCAUUUACUGUGGGCCGUAUCGAACAUGGCUACAAUGUUCGCCCCGAUCUCUGUGCCAAUGACUGCAAAACCAGCCCUCGUAAAUUCCUGGGUCAGUUUUACACCGACACGUUGGUACAUGAUCCAACUGCAUUGAAACUUCUUGUUGACGUCAUAGGAGAGGAGCGGGUAAUACUAGGAUCAGACUACCCCUUUCCCCUUGGUGAGCAUCAUCCAGGGAAAUUGAUAGAAAGCAUGGAUUUCAGCCAAAAUCUCAAGGAGAAAUUAUUGGUGAACAAUGCCUGUGAAUUUUUGGGAUUAGACAAAGCUGCCUAUGAAUAAACAUUCUACACUUUGUCCUUGAUGAAGAAAUGUGGAUGGAUUGACAACUUCUGCUAGCUGCUGUCUUUUACUGAAGUGCCAUUAUGAUACAUUCCAGAGAGAGAGAGAGAGAGAGAGAGAGAGAGAGAUGAGAUGAGAUCAAGAAACCAUCUUCUUACACUUACCCAUUGUGUAUGUCAGAGAGAGAGAGAGAGAGAGAGAGAGAGAGAGAGAGAGUUUUGUAUGAUUAACCCAAGAGAGACAUUUGCAGUUUGUUAUUGAUUUUAUUGAAUUCAUGAUUAAGAUCUUGAUGGAUUCAGUCAAGUUUAUAUGAACAUGAUGAUGGAUUUAGUUAGAUAUUUUUAUGAUCAUUAUGAUGGAUUUAAUGUAGUUAAGAUACUGGUAUAAACAAUAUGAUGGAUUUAGUUAAGUUUAUAUGAACAUUAUGAUGGAUUUCAUAUUGAUGCAUAAUUAUUGUUACAGAAUCUCCAGUUUUAUGUGAUUUUAUUAAAGUAUGUUUAUGUAAAAA